GGACACUUGUGGGUGCACCUGCUUUCUGACAAGGAGCAUGUGGAGGGUGGCAUUGCCUCUCUGGGGGGCACUUUGGGGCUUCUACACCCUGCUGACCUUGGCACAGGGGACUUUGGUGGACAAGAGAUCCAGCAUGGACAGUGGAUUCCUGUACAGGCGUCUCAAGAGCCAUGAAAAGCGAGAGAUGCAAAAGGAGAUCUUGUCCAUUCUGGGGCUUCCCCACAGACCCAGACCCAUCCAUGGACUGAGUCCUUCCCAACUAAACCAGCCCGGGAAGCUCAAUUCAGCUCCCCUGUUCAUGUUGGACUUGUACAAUGCCAUGUCUGGACAGGACCAGGGAAUGGACUUGAAAGACUGGUCACACAGGGCAACUUUGCACAGCCAUCAACUCAAGGUCAAGAGCCUACUGGGCAGUCAUUUGGGCAGCGCUCAGGACAGUGCCUUCCUCAGUGAUGCAGACAUGGUGAUGAGCUUUGUCAACCUGGUUGAACAUGACAAGGAUUUGUCACCACGUCUUUGGCACCAUAAAGAAUAUAAGUUUAAUUUAUCCCAAAUUCCAGAAGGAGAGGCAGUGACUGCUGCAGAGUUUCGGAUAUACAAGGACUGUGUCCUGGGCAGCUUUGAGAACCAAACAUUCCUAAUCAGCAUCUACCAAGUCUUAGCUGAGCACCGAAACAGGGAAACCAAUAUCUUUUUGCUGGAUACCCAAACAGUAUGGGCUUCGGAUGAAGGCUGGCUGGAGUUUGAUAUUACUGCAACAAGCAACCUUUGGGUUAUGAACCCUCGGCAUAAUUUUGGCCUGCAACUCAGAGUAGAGACAAGAGAUGGAAGAAACAUAAAUGCAAAAGCUGCGGGUUUGGUUGGCAGGGAUGGUCCUUACGAUAAACAACCAUUUAUGGUGGCGUUUUUUAAAGCCAGUGAAGUUCAUUUGAGGACAACAAGAUCUGCAACAAGCAAACGCAAAAAUCAGAAUCGCAACCGCUACACCCAAGCUCAGGAUGUGUCGAGGGUAUCCAGUAUAACUGAUUACAACAGCAGUGAGCUUAAAACAGCAUGCCGGAAACAUGAAUUGUAUGUUAGCUUUCAAGACCUGGGGUGGCAGGACUGGAUUAUUGCACCAAAAGGAUACGCAGCCAAUUACUGUGGUGGAGAAUGUUCAUUUCCUCUCAAUGCGCACAUGAAUGCUACAAAUCAUGCAAUUGUGCAAACAUUGGUGCAUCUUAUGAAUCCGGAGUAUGUACCAAAGCCGUGCUGCGCUCCCACCAAGCUCAACGCCAUCUCAGUUCUUUACUUUGACGACAAUUCCAAUGUCAUCUUAAAGAAAUACAGGAAUAUGGUGGUUAGGGCAUGUGGCUGUCAUUAGGAGAAGUCCAACAAACAUUUGCAAAGAGAUCUGAUUGCAUUAAAGCUGCAAGAUUAUGUGGAGUGAAAGGGAGGAACUGGAUCCUGAUACUGAUUUAUUUAAAAUACUAGAGACUGAUACCACAGAAAUGUAUUUUCAUUUCCAUGAGAUAUGAAUUGUUUCUCAAAAAUGGACAAUUUUAAGGUAAAAAGGAGAAUCUUUCAAAAUAGUGUUUUGCAAAUUUUUAUCCAUAAAAUAGCUUGGAUCAAGCUGCGCUUCACUGUCUUAAAAACUAAUAUAUGUUAUAACUAUUAACCCUACAGCUGCUGGUGCCCCAGAUGUCAGACAGAGGGUGGGUCUGCUAUAUUCUGAAAGAAAAUAGAUGUGUUCUAUGAUUCAUAAAAUCAUUUUGAAGAUGGCUUGAGAUCAGCAGUACUUGUCAAUGAAUUAUCUGUAAAUAGCUCUCUCCAAAACUUUCUGAUAUAACUACUUGGUUUAAUACAUUAGGAAAUCAUCAGCAUACGGGCAGACCCAGCCUAGCUAUAAGCCUUACAGUAUAUUGCACUCUGGGCCUGAAAACAAUAUUUAGGCUCCAUUGUGAAUUUUGACCAUCACAUUUUUUCCAUUCACUUAUAAACGUCAUAUGUCAUAGAAUUUAUCAUCUCUAUUUAUCAAUCUUGAAAAACUUAAAAAGGCCAGGAUUAGAACUGGCACUGUGCCUAAACAGCACUCAAAACGGCAGUCAUAGAGUUAAUAUUGAAAUACAUUUUAAACUGCAUGGAGACACAGCCUGGGAAGGGCCUGCUCUAUCCUGUUUUGCACACCACUUGGAUGUCUGCUCUGUGCAACAGUGGUCAUUUGAUCCCUCUUUAGCACCAUUAUCUUUAUGUUUCUGUACUUUCUACACACUAUAUCUAACUGGUAUUUCAAACCUUGAACCAUCAUCAAAGAGAAUAUUUGGUUUACUCUUUCUUUUAAUAAAAUAAAUUAUCUCUUCCCAACAAAAA